AAUCAACCGGCUCAAAUUAGAAAAUGAGAAAGAAAUAACACAACCCACUCCCGUUUCUCUCCACAACCAUGGGUUGACGUCUAACUCUCAAGCCUUUCCCAAUUAUCAAUGGCGAUUCCGAAAACCCUAAAUCCAGCAAUCCCCUUUCUCAUCAUCCUCUCAACUCUACUCCUCUCCAGAGAAGCAAGAACUGACACGAAUAAUGUGUUCUUUCCGUGCGGUGAUACGAAGGUGCAGAAGAAGGAUGGCUUCGCAUUGGGUAUCGUGUUCGGUUCAAGGUCGGCCUUCUUCUCCAGCAACAACAAUUCCGUUCAGCUGUCUCCGUGCGACAGUCGCCUCUCGAUCUCCAACGGAAACUCCCAGGUCACUGUUUUCCACCCCAAAGUGGACGAGAUCUCAUUUCUCACGAUCAAUACCUCCAGCUUCUUCCCGUCGGCCAACUGCAUUGCAAGACAAGACCAGGGAGAGUGACGAGGAUGAUGUCCAUGAUAGGGAUUAUGAUGUUGCAGCUCUUGCAAAUAAUUUAAGCCAAGCAUUCAGAUACAAUGCUACGCAAUUACUUGACAGGAAAUCAAAUCGAGAAAACAUUCAGAGCUGGAAGUAAGGUUCUAAACAAAAGUUGGAAAGCUGACAUAAGUGACUCUUGGAAAAGCUAGAGAAUUGGGAUCCGGUAGCUGUCAAAGUACGGAGGCAUUUUGUUCUUGAGACUAGUUGGAGAUUUACAUGGUGCAAUUUGGAUUGUCUACUCAAAUUUUUGUAGGUAAUGAUUGUUCUUUUUUUUCUUUUUCUUUUUUUUUUUCUUUUUUUGGAAGAGGUGAUUAACAAGGACCAAUGAAUCUGUAUCAAAUCUAAUUUUUUAAGAUAUUCAUGGAGAUGGUUGGAUUGACAGAUGAAUGGGCUGCUUGCUUCUUUGAUGA